AUGAUGCCAAGCUCGGGCAGUGCCUUAGCCGCCUCCUUUGCCUUCUCCUUCCCCUUCUACUUCCCAUUCUCCCUCCCCUUCUCAUUCCCCUUCUCCUUCCCCUUAUCCUUCGCCUUGUCAUUCCCCUUCUCCUUCCCAUUCUCUUUCCCCUUCUCCUUCGCCUUCUCCUUCCCCUUAUCCUUCCCCUUCUCCUUCCCCUUUUCCUUCCCCAUCUCCUUCCCCUUAUCCUUAUCCUUCGCCUUCUCCUUCCCUUUCUACUUCCCAUUCUCCUUCCCGUUCCCCUUCCCCUUCCCUUUCCCUUUCUCCUUCCCCUUCUCUUUCUCCUUCGCCUUGUCCAUCGCCUUCCCCUUUCCCUUUCUCCUUUGCCUUCCCCUUCCCCUUCUCCUUUGCCUUCCCCUUCCCCUUCUCCUUUGCCUUCUCCUUCGCAUUCUUUCGCCUUCUCAUUCCCCUUCUCCUUCCCAUUCUCCUUCCCCUUAUCCUUUGCCUUCUCCUUCCCCUUCUACUUCCCAUUCUCCCUCCCCUUCUCAUUCCCCUUCUCCUUCCCCUUAUCCUUCGCCUUGUCAUUCCCCUUCUCCUUCCCAUUCUCUUUCCCCUUCUCCUUCGCCUUCUCCUUCCCCUUAUCCUUCCCCUUCUCCUUCCCCUUUUCCUUCCCAUUCUCCUUCCCCUUAUCCUUAUCCUUCGCCUUCUCCUUCCCUUUCUACUUCCCAUUCUCCUUCCCGUUCCCCUUCCCCAUCCCUUUCCCUUUCUCCUUCCCCUUCUCUUUCUCCUUCGCCUUUUCCAUCGCCUUCCCCUUUCCCUUCUCCUUUGCCUUCCCCUUCCCCUUCUCCUUUGCCUUCCCCUUCCCCUUCCCCUUCCCCUUCUCCUUUGCCUUCUCCUUCCCAAUAUCCUUCCCCUUCUCCUUCGCCAUCUCCUUCCCCUUCUACUCCUAUUUUCUCCUUCCCCUUCCCCUUCCCCUUCCCUUUCUCCAUCCCCUUCUCCUUCCCCUUCUCCUUCCCCUUCUCCUUCUUCUUAUCCUCCCCAUAA